AUGUGUUUAGUUCUCUUCUCAAUGUGAAAGGAAAGGUUUAAGUCAUAGAUCAGUACUGACGGGGGCUGCCAGGUGUCUGUGUCUUGGUGAUCCCGGGUGUGAAUCCUCGGUUUUAUUAUCUGACUGGACCUUUGGAGGUAGCUGUGCUUCUGUUCUCCUAAGAUCACAGCUUGAGACCACAUCUGAGCUAGGAGGAACGGUCUUGGCUGUGAUUUUCUAAUCACAUUAUAAGCAUGGCACCAAAGAAGAAGAGUGUCAAGAAGAACAAGGCUGACAUCAAUGAAAUGACUAUCAUUGUUGAAGAUGGUCCUCUCAGUAAACUCAAUGGUAUUAGUGGCUUCAUUGAUGGAGGAAAUGGCUUUAGUUACAUCUCUACUGAGGUUUCUGACUCUUCCUAUGGUACUAACCUAAUGGAAGGGCUGAGCAGAAUGAGGCAAGAUAGUUUCCUUUGCGACCUAACCAUUGGCACCAAAACAAAAUCUUUUAUGACUCACAGAGUAAUUAUGGCUUCCUGUAGUGAAUACUUCUAUAAUAUCUUGAAGAAAGACCCAGCAACACAAAGAGUUGAUCUCAAUGAUUUGUCACCUUUAGGCUUAGCUACAGUCAUAACAUAUGCUUACACUGGAAAGAUCACCCUCUCUUUAUACACAAUAGGCAGCAUAAUUUCUUCUGCAAUUUACCUGCAGAUAAAUGCGCUUAUUAACAUGUGUUGUGACUUUCUGAUGCAAGAAAUUAAUGUUGAGAAUUGCAUGUACGUGGCUAAUAUUGCAGAAACCUAUGGACUUAAAAGUACAAAAGAGUCAGCACAGAAAUUCAUCAGAGACAAUUUUAUCGAGUUCUCUGAUACAGAUCAAUUCUCAAAGCUAACCUUCGAUCAAAUUAAUGAACUUUUGAUAGAUGAUGAUUUGCAGUUACCCUCUGAAAUCGUUGCUUUCCAGAUAGCAAUGAAGUGGUUAGACUUUGAUGAAAAGAGAAUAAAAUAUGCUUCCGGUCUCUUGGGCAAUAUUCGAUUUGGCACCAUUUCAGCCCAAGACUUGGUCAACUAUGUCCAGUCUGUGCCCAGAAUGAUGCAAGAUACAGAAUGCCAUAGGCUUUUAGUAGAAGCUAUGAACUAUCAUCUCCUUCCAUAUCAUCAAAACACACUGCAGUCUAGAAGAACAAAGAUACGUGGAGGUUCAAGGGUCUUAGUGACUGUUGGAGGUCGUCCAGCUUUAACUGAGAAAUCACUCAGCAGGGAAAUCAUGUACAGAGACCCUGAUAGUGGCUGGAAAAGGCUAGCUGAGCUGCCGGCAAAAAGCUUUAAUCAGUGCGUAACUGUGAUGGAUGGAUUUCUCUACAUUGCUGGUGGUGAAGACCAGAAUGAUGCAAGGAACCAGGCCAAACAUGCUGUCAGCAAUUUUUGCAGAUAUGACCCUCGUUUCAACACAUGGCUUCAUCUUGCAAAUAUGAACCAAAAACGUACCCACUUUAGCUUGAAUGUAUUCAGUGGCCUUCUUUAUGCAACUGGAGGUCGCAAUUCUGAUGGGUGUUUAGCCUCCAUUGAGUGUUAUGUGCCUUCAACUAACCAGUGGCAAGUAAAAGCUCCACUGGAGGUGGCAAGGUGCUGUCAUUCCAGCUCAGUAAUUGAUGGUAAAAUUUUGGUCACAGGUGGAUACAUAAAUAAUGCAUAUUCUCGCUCUGUGUGUAUGUACGACCCAUCUAAUGAUAGCUGGCAAGAUAAGCAACAUCUCAGUACACCCAGAGGAUGGCAUUGUUCUGUAUCACUUGGCGACAGAGUGUAUGUGAUGGGUGGUAGCCAACUUGGUGGUCGGGGCGAGAGAGUUGACGUACUUCCAGUUGAGUGUUACAACCCUCACACAGGUCAGUGGAGCUAUGUAGCCCCUCUUCAGAAUGGAGUGAGUACAGCUGGUGCUUCAACACUCAAUGGAAAGAUAUAUAUUGCAGGAGGCUGGAAUGAGGUGGAAAAGAAAUACAAGAAAUGCAUUCAAAGCUAUAGUCCUGAUCUCAAUGAAUGGACUGAGGAAGAUGAAUUGCCGGAGGCUACCGUGGGAGUCUCUUGUUGUACCAUUACUAUGCCCAAUUUUAAAACACGGGAAUCCAGAGCAAGCUCAGUGUCUUCAGUACCAGUCAGUAUAUAAAUGACACUGUUCCAUGUAGAUAGCAUUAAAUUCUUAGUGCCGUGACAUUAUGCCACUGUUAUAAAAGAAAACAAAUCUACUUUUAAGUACCUAUUCAAUUUUUUUUCCCCGUAUAUUAAAUUGUUAUUGCAUUAUGAUGACCUUGUCCUAUUGCAGAACACACUACAGGAAAGUUAUGACAUGGAGAACUGGAGUCUGAAUUUUUUCUGAUCGACUUUGAGUACUGUCAGUCACUGAGAGAAUUACAUAAUAUGUUUGAGUAUCAGUUCAGCCAUACACUUCUAUCAUAUAUACAAUAAUGGUUUCUUUUGGCCACCGAAUAUGCUUAUCAGGAACAUUACAGAUCUCACAUCUCAUUAAAAAAAAAAAAAAGAUGUAACUUCCAAUCUACUUUGAAAAAUGAAUCUGUAAAAGAUUUAGCUGUAUAUAUAUAUAUAUAUACAUAUAUAUAUUAAAUUGGACAUUGAUCUGCCAUAGGAAAAAAUAAGCCAUUACCUCUUUAAACCAUCAUUCGAUAACAGCCUAUCUAACACAGUCAGAAAUUUUUCCAGUGAGUCAUUGUGAAAUGGCUUUUUUUCUGGCAAUAUAGGACAGGGAUUUAAUUAAGUGAAGACAAAUAUAGAUUUCAUAACAAUGAAAACUGCCAGGGCAAGCACAAUUGAAUUUCUUAUUUAUUAUUUCAAAUAGUGUUUUAGUCUCUAUUUGAAAAAUUACUCUAUGAAAGAAAAAUAUUUUCUAAUUUAUAAAUUGUCUGUUUUAAUGGACAAUUACACAAAACUGACUGCUGGUCUGAAAUAGUAUUUGUUAAAAUUACAAAACAGCCAAGACACUUAAGGAUUUGCUUCCCAUUUUGCUCGAAGUUUUUAAUUUAUUAUCCUAAAUAUAGAAUAUCGCCUUUAUAUAUUUUUGUCAUUUUAUUAUGCUUCAUCCAUAAUAUGACAACAUAUGUGUUAUGUAGCAAAAAGCAAAGGAAGGAUGAUUUUUUGUAGUUUCACUUCAUAUUUGGUAGGCGAUAACUCGUGCAGAGAAAAACAUUAUUUAUGGCUUAUGAAAUGUAAAGAUGGAUUGAAAACUAGCAGUAAAAUGUGUUUGGUAAAAUUGUUUAGCUUGUACCAGGGAUCCACAAGAAAGAAUACAAAGGAUACAAUGGAAAUAUAAGAUUAAAUAAGGUAAAUGCACAGCCAUGAUGAUGUUAGGGUUUUUUAUUUUACUAAAUUAGGAAUUGUGGAAAAUGGACAAGGAAGUUGCAUAUUUUAGGCCUACCUAAACACAUCUGAAAAAACAAAUCUCUCCACUCUAGUUAGUUCAUGCCCUGGGGCCCCCAAAUGUAAUUAGCCAAUACACUUUAGAAUGGUAUGCCUGAUGUCACUGAUGCUUUUAGCCAAUGAGCUAGCACAGGGUAGCUAAUAGAAGUCCCAAAACAGGUUCUUUCAACUGUUUUGGUUGCUGAGGUUGGUUUCAGGUAAGAAGUAAAACAGUUUUAUUUGGUUUCAUUACUCACUCAUUAUGGUUUCAUUAUUCACAUUUGUGUGGGUGCCAGGACAUUCCUGGCACCAACACCACUGCAAUGUAUUAUAUAGUGUAUGGUUCUUCGAGUGUUACUUGUAAAGAAUCAUAGACAAGCAUAAAUAUAGUGAUGGCAGAUGAACCAACUAGCAUGUCCUUGAUUCAUUGUUCUGCAGUCGAGCAGUUUUAAAUACAACCUAGCUUUUUUUUUUAACUCCUCUAGCAUAUAUACGCCUGUGUAUCAGUUUCUUCAAACAAUUCCUCGCAAGUUACUCUAUGUACUGUUUUCAGGUACUGAUUUAAUACACAGACUGUGCUAUUGAGGUUCACUUUUUCUACAGGUAGAGUUACAUUGUCUAGACAUAACAAAAUACAAAAUAAUAUAGAUUAUACAUUUUAUUCACUACUAUAACUUUAGAUGUCUAAAUGUACGGAAGUAGAUUUUUUUUUUAAUUUGUACAGUGGUUUAAUAUUAUUAACAUUAGCAAAUAUGGGGCACCAACUGUGAAUGUGCUGUGAAAACAUGGCAUGGUGUGCAGGUGUGACAUAAAUCAGUAUACAUGCAAUAAAAUAGUACAUUGUGAUGUAACGGGAGUGCAAAUGUGCAAAAUGGUGGUGUAAACGAAGUACAAGCCUUCUGUAAAUGGACAUAAAUGUGAUCUUAACAGGUUUGUAUAGUGUGAAUUGACAGUAAUAUAACAUGAUUUGGUCCAAACGUAUAAACAGUUGCAAAUGUGGAGUGAGUUCAUAACUUGUGGAUUGCUUAAAAUGUGAUAAUAAAGGGAACAAAAAUAAAGCUCAUUCAUUGCUAACAUUACCAUUUUAGUGCAUGCCCAUUUCACUUUUACUCAUUCAAACAGUAGUCAUGUCUCUCUGUUCUCUUUGAUAAGUGUGGCCACCAUACCCGAGUAACAAAUUGAAUACUAACUCUUUCUGGUCAGUGUGCCCCAAUCAUCAUGAUACCAUAGGUUAUUGGAUUUGCUUAAACACCUUGGUAAAAUAUUGUAUCAAUAAGGAAACCAGGAUAAAAGUAGAUGUAGCAAAUGGUGGCAUAUUAGAGUUCACAACAAUUCCCACCCCAGUAAACAAAAAGCGAGACAUUUGCUAGAAUGUAGAAUGCAGUGGAAGUAAAUAUCAAACACACUUCUUUACAUUGAGCUUCUGGGUGAUAGGGGCGAUUGGUAGGGCCAUGGUUUUUAAAAGAUCUGCAUUUCUGUGCUUACUGAGCAUUAUUUCCCAAGAUUCUCUGAUUGUGCACAUGUGCUCAUAGGCUAAAAGUGGGUAAUCAUAUGAUGUUUCAAAAUUGCAUACCAGUAUAUACCAAGGAUUUGCACACAAAUUAAAUUAAA